AUGCCAAUAUCAGGCCCAAAGAUCAUUACUCUUAAGGCUGUUCUCGAGCUCUUCACUGGGACAUUCUGCAUAUUCGUUGUCUCCGUUCUAGUCUGGAAGCUAGGGAAAUUCUUCCGUCGCUUCACCAAGGAAAAGGUCAUUGGGGGAGGAAACACCCCUGCGCGUCGCUACACAAAGACCUGGUACGGAUGGGUUCCGCUCCAACGACAAAAGCCCGAUAGGUCCAUAGUGCAAAAGUGUUUCGCGAACGUUCGACGAUGGACGACAUGGAAUUCAGCUAAGAACAGCUAUUGUUCGAUUUGGUGGAGUUCUAAUCAGAAGGAGCUGGAAGCAUGCAAGCAGGACUCAAUGCACCCUCAAAGUCUACCGACGCAUCUCAGAAAAUGUAAACUUACAGCAGCAAACACUAUCCACACCCCUUACGGAUACACCCGAAGCGCAGGCAAAGGCGGCGAGUCAUACUCCUCCCCGAAAAUGACUGGAGUUCUCCGAUCCGAGAAUGUGUCCAACACUCGUGCUGGGAGAUAUAAACUACCGAUAAAGAGACAGCGCAGGAAUGUCUCCUCUGCAAAGGAGUUGUUCAGAGAUGACCUUCCAUGUGUAGGCCCUGUGACCCGAGCAAAACGACCCACAAUGAUUCUGAAUUACUGUACAAUUCAAGCAGGCAAAUCUUCGGCGCGCUCGCUCAACCAUAAAAGGUUCCUCUCCUUAGAUCAGUCCGCUUGCGUCCUUACAAGAAAAGACCUCAUUUUCUAUAUCUCAAAUAAUGAUCCUUUGGCAAAACGAAACCACUCCCUUCCUUGUCUAUCAGAUCUGAAGAUUACCUUUCGGGGAGUGAGGAAAAGCUCUGAAGCUUCCUCGAACUCGCAGAGACCAACUGACCAUCACCGAAAAUCAAGAAACCUUCAGGCAUUAAAAUAUUCACGCAAAUACCAACUUUGGUCUGCCCAGAUGGCACUGAAUGUUCCGGAAUGUGGAAGAUAUAGCACGCAUCGAUUUCCAGUUCCUCCAGGGAGUCCCAGGUCCGAGUUGCUGACCGAGUUCUCGUCCCAUCAAACGACUCUAGCAAGGAUGAUAAAUAGAGACAGGCGUAGCACAGUUUGGAGCUCAUUGAGUGGUUCGAGUGGCCGCAGUAUCUCCGGCACUCACAAAGGUUGUCUAAGAAGAGCGAGGGUGGUAAGCUAUCAAUCAAAACCUACCAUUGCUAGAGCCCGACAACCGGCAGAAACGUUAUACAGGCAAGAUCAAUGUCAAAUUCAGACUACUCUUCCCGUUGAUAUGCAUCGGAACCAAGUUCAGUUUGUUCAAUAUCAAUAUCCAUCUACGCAGCUACGAGAGUCCAUACCGUCCCAAGGAAGUGGAAAAGAAGGAAGACCCCAGAGCAAGAAGAACGCCAACCUGCAUGGGACAAGGUUCGCACAAAUCACUAUCCCAUUGAGGCAUUUGAGCAACUGGGAGAUAAGGCUGAUCGACGGCUUGGACCGAAAACUUGGAUGGCUAUCUUACCAGCUUAUGCCAGGUCGAAAACCGUUUCACUUUCCCCUACUGCCGAACCAUUGGCUUAAUAUUCGCACUUGGGUCAUUUAUGACCCUGCAUCGCGUGCGCCUAUCGAUGUAAAGCGGCAGUUUGGGGAUCCCAGAUUCAAAACACCUCCGCCAACGCCUCGGCGUCCUAAGCGCAAGUAUCCUAGAGUGGCUCGUGGAGUUGCCAACACACCGCGGAUAGAAUCAUGGAGAAUAGCUGUCAAUCAAAACAGAAAAGCAUCGGGGCUGAGAGACUUUGUCAAACGGGUUGAUUUAUAUGACGACUCGGCCGAUGACCCUCCGGACGGAUAUAUCGAUCCAGCCUGUUGGUUAAUUCGAAAGCCACCACAAGGACAUCAACUGUCUGCCAGACAAAAUGCCGCAUACUAUGAGGGGGGAGCAGGCUGGCAAGAAAGAUUAGAUGAUUGGCAAAACAUCCGCCGUGGGUAUCGAAUCCGCAAGGCAAUUUACGAAGGUAGAGCCAACAGAUCUAGAGCAAAGCAAAUCGCAGUCGGUAUUUCUCGGUUCUGCAAAACAGCAUGGUAUCGGCGACAGAAGCAGCAGACCUGA